AUGGAUACCGUCACUAUAUAUUCUAUCGUCGCAGGCGGUAUUCUUGUAACUCUCACUCUAAUCCGCGUAAUAUGUUCCCUUAAGAGCCGGCUCAACACCAUUUCUAUGCUGAUUUCGAAGCAUCUCGCCUAUCCAUAUCUUAUUAAACGUCACCGGCUUUUUGGCCCGUGGACACGUGCCAAUGUUCUUCUAUAUAUCGUGUAUGGAGUCGUCACCAUUUUCUUCAUCGCGUUUCGGGUUCCAUCAGCAAGCGAGGCGGCCCGACGAGCUGGAGCACUAUCGCUUGUCAAUAUGGGGGUUACCUUUAUCGCCACCCAUUUGAGCUUCCUCGCAGAUGGCCUUGGUAUUUCUUUAAAGAUUUGCCGGCGGAUUCAUCGCGCUGCAGGGUGGACCGCGGGCGUACUCUUAACUCUCCACAUCAUCCUCCAUACCCCGGUUCAACGGGCCGAACUCUCUUUUCGCAAUCACAGCAAUCUCUUUGGCUUUAUUUUCUUGAUUUUCCUAUAUCGUAAUCGGAUUUUUUCAUCGCAGCUCUCUCCCCGAGCGUUGGUUACGUGCGAGAAAGAUGACCCCUCUGAUAAAGAUGCCCAAGUUGAAGGGAAGCCCAUUAAAAUUCACGUGACGCUCCCACGGCCGCUCCAAGUGAUGGAGCGCGAUCAGAAAAAGGCAGCUGUAAAUAACACUCAUAAACAUCACCUCCAACCUCACAUCUAUGAUAUGAAGCUCUACAUGUUGCAGAAAGAUGGCAUUCCUCCUGAUUAA